AAAGACAUACUCCUAUGACAUACUUCGAGUCUCUUCUAUCAAGCUUUAGCUCCUAACUUCCAAGAUAUCCUUCCUCCUUAGAUAGAUACAAGAUUUUGCCCAAACUAACACUUCUUUAUGGAGAAGAACGAUGAGAGAGAGACUCUAGACUUCAUGAACGCCGAAUCUUUCUCGCAGCUUCCCUUCAUCCGUGCCACGCCGCCGGUGAAGGAGAAGGGCAUUCGUCUGUUCGGGAAAGACUUCGGCGGCGGUGCCGCCGAUGAUGACUCGGAAUCCAACGGCGGCUCGGAGAGCAAAGAAAGCGACAACGCCGCAGAAACCAACCGGAAGUUCGAGUGCCAUUACUGCUGCCGGAACUUCCCCACUUCGCAGGCCCUCGGCGGCCACCAGAACGCCCACAAGCGGGAACGGCAGCACGCUAAGCGCGCCACCCUCCAGUCGGCGGUGGUGAACGGCGGGUUGUCCGCCGUGGACAUCCAGCUGUACGGCCUGAUGAACUACGCCCGCAUGGGCUCCACCACACAAACAGUGCCGUCGUAUCACCAUAAUAUCUCACCGCCGUGGAACGGCGGCGCAAGGGUUUACGGCAGCAACGGCGGGAUGAACCCUUACUCCCAGCAGCCUGCCGUCACCGGCAGCCCGCUGAAUGUAUGGAGGGUCCCGACGGCACAUCCUGUAAGUUCACCGCCGUCCUCUUACUACUUCAGCCGUGACCGUUUCGCGGGGAAGGGCGCUGAUCUGAAGCCGUCGUCGCCGCCGCCGCCGCCACCGUUCAUGGGUAUUAAUAGUGGCCCCACUACUAUUCAUGAAAGCCGGUUCCUAUACGAGCCGAAGCCGGCAGGCGUGAAGGGUAAUCACGUGAGUUUAGAUCUACACUUGUAACAAUCAUACAAACCUUAAUUAAUCAUAUCUUUUGUACGUGUUAAACUCAUGGGAUCGGAGAAGUUAAAGAUAUAUGAGUGCUAUAGAUAUGUAUACUCCAUUAAUUAGUUUCAUAGCAGCUAGCUAGUUAUUCAAAAGUUGUUCAACAUAUAAUUGAUAGACUAGCUAUAUGAUUUUGAAAGUUCCUCUUAAUUAAGGUCUAUU